AAUCAGAACCGUCGAUAUUUGGAGUAACACGUCACCAACCGGCUGAUCGAGAGUAGUUGCUUGUCUGUCGCUUUUCCUGUCUACCAUUUUUUAAUCUUCUGAUGUUGGAUUUGUUUUUGUAAAAUAAUCACUGAACCUAACUGAUACGGAUUCACUCCGAUAUUAAAGCUUGCUGAUGGCCACCUACCAGGAAUUCAUCCAACAGAAUGAGGACAGGGAUGGGGUGAGAUUCAGUUGGAACUUUUGGCCCUCUAGUCGACUCGAAGCAACCAGGCUUGUGGUGCCAGUCUCGUGCCUCUUCACGCCGCUCAAGGAGAGGCCUGACCUACCACCGGUCCAAUAUGAGCCUGUCAUGUGCAGCCGGGCCAAUUGCAAGGCAGUGCUCAAUCCACUGUGUCAAGUUGACUUCAGAGCAAAGAUUUGGGCCUGCAACUUCUGCUUCCAGAGAAAUCCAUUCCCUCCCUCUUAUGCGGGGAUAUCAGAAGUGAACCAACCAGCUGAACUCAUGCCCCAGUUUUCCACAAUUGAGUACAUAGUACAGCGUGGGCCCUCAGCUCCACUGAUCUUCCUCUAUGUAGUAGACACGUGCUUGGAAGAAGAGGACCUUCAGGCUUUGAAGGAGUCCCUUCAGAUGUCCCUCAGUCUUCUGCCUCCCAAUGCUUUAGUGGGCCUGAUCACUUUUGGACGCAUGGUGCAGGUUCAUGAGCUCAGUUGUGAGAUGAUCUCCAAGAGCUACGUGUUCAGGGGCACCAAGGAUCUCACCUCCAAACAGAUUCAGGAGAUGUUGGGUUUGACAAAGCCUUCUACCCCAGGACAGGCAGGACGCCCUCCUGCACCGCAAGAUGCUGCAGCCUCUUGCAAGUUCCUUCAGCCUGUGCACAAAGUUGAUAUGAAUCUGACCGAUUUACUGGGUGAGCUUCAGCGAGACCCCUGGCCUGUUCCUCAGGGUAAAAGGGCUCUCCGAUCUACUGGGGUUGCGCUGUCCGUUGCUGUUGGUCUCCUGGAGGGCACAUUCCCCAAUACGGGUGCUCGUGUGAUGCUGUUCAUUGGAGGGCCCCCAACUCAAGGCCCCGGAAUGGUUGUGGGAGACGAGCUGAAAACCCCCAUCCGCUCUUGGCACGACAUCCAGAAGGAUAACGCUCGCCACUUGAAGAAGGCUACAAAGUACUAUGAAGCCUUGGCCAACCGAUCAGCAGUAAACGGCCACAGUGUUGAUAUUUAUGCCUGUGCAUUGGACCAGACUGGGCUGCUGGAAAUGAAGUGUUUAUCAAAUCUCACUGGGGGACACAUAGUGAUGGGAGACUCCUUCAAUACCUCAUUGUUCAAGCAAACCUUCCAGAGAGUUUUCAACAGAGAUUAUAAUGGUGAUUUCCGCAUGGCUUUUGGAGGCAUCAUGGAGGUCAAGACUUCACGAGAACUGAAGGUUUGCGGGGCCAUUGGACCUUGCGUAUCGCUCAACUCAAAGGGCGCCUGUGUAUCAGAGAAUGAGAUGGGCGUUGGUGGCACCAGCCAGUGGAAAGUGUGCAGUCUCAAUCCUUCCACAACUUUGGGCAUUUAUUUUGACGUCGUGAAUCAGCACAACGCACCGAUCCCACAAGGUGGCCGAGGGGCAGUCCAAUUUGUAACCCAGUAUCAGCACUCCAACACUCAGAAGAGGAUACGUGUCACCACAAUUGCCAGGAACUGGGCAGAUGCACAGUCCCAAAUUCAGCAUAUCGAGUCAUCAUUUGAUCAAGAAGCAGCUGCUGUGCUCAUGGCUCGUCUUGGAGUCUUCCGAGCGGAGUCGGAGGAGGGGCCUGAUGUCUUGCGCUGGCUUGACAGGCAGCUAAUUCGCCUGUGCCAAAAGUUUGGGCAAUUCAAUAAAGAUGAUCCUACAUCCUUCAAGCUAUCAGAGUCCCUGUCACUUUACCCACAGUUUAUGUUCCACCUGCGGCGGUCGCCCUUCCUGCAAGUGUUCAACAACAGCCCAGAUGAGUCGUCGUAUUACAGGCACCACUUUGUCAGGCAGGACCUGACACAGUCGCUCAUCAUGAUCCAGCCCAUCCUUUACUCGUACUCCUUUCAUGGCCCACCAGAGCCUGUACUCCUGGACAGCAGCAGCAUCCUUCCAGAUCGAAUCUUGCUCAUGGACACCUUCUUCCAGCUUGUUAUCUACCACGGCGAGACCAUAGCUCAGUGGCGAAAGGCAGGAUACCAGGAAAUGGCCGAGUAUGAAAAUUUCAAACAGCUGCUACAGGCACCUUUGGAUGACGCGCAGGAGAUCCUACAGACGCGCUUCCCCAUGCCGCGCUAUGUCGAUACAGAGCACGGAGGUUCACAGGCCCGAUUCCUGCUUUCAAAGGUCAACCCUUCUCAGACUCACAACAACCUCUACGCCUGGGGACAGGAGACAGGAGCACCAAUCCUCACCGAUGAUGUCAGCCUACAGGUCUUUAUGGACCACUUGAAAAAGCUGGCCGUGUCCAGCUCUGCGUAGAGCUGUCAAGAGCCCACCUUACCAUUGGGGCAGAACACAAGGAAUUGACGACACAUUCCAGCUCAACUGUCAGCAUCCAUAAAGAGUGUCUGCCUCUAAAUGUUCACUUGUAUUUUCUCUGUCCCGACUCAUGUGUGACCUUUCCGGUGUGCAAAUAGAAAAUUGUCCCUUUCUAUUUCAUAUUUGAUAUGACCUUUCAUCUGCAAAGUGAUUCAAAUAAUAAUAGUAUGUUUGUUUGAACCAUAAGUAUGUCUGUUGCAGCACAUAAAUGUGCUGCUUAAUGCAAAUGUUUGCUUUUUCUGACACAAAAGAAAUUAAGUGUAGAAAAUGUAAUUAAUGUCUUAAAUAAAUUGUAAGGUAUGUAACUGUCCCUCUUAAAUGUUGAUCACACUCUUUGCACUGCUUCUGUAUUUCAACGGGGGCAAAAGUGCACAGUGGAUUGCCCUUGAGUGUUUUCUAAGAAAAUUCAUCAGAACAGAUUACUGUUGCAAGGAAUUGAUGAUUACCAUGUCGUGUUUUGGAUGAUAAACACUUGCAUUGAUUUAGAA